AUGUCGAGUGACAAUGGUGAUGACGCCGUCAAGGGUCUAGCUAAGCCACAACCGAUUAGCGCCACAGCCGUUAAAACUCAAUGCCCGUUCGCUGACCAGGACACGCGUCAUUGUUGUAUAGAAGGCCCUUCCAGGUCAGCUAGAAUGCGAGCUGAAGGGCAAGACAGAGGGUGA